AUGGACUGGGAUUUCCUGUCCUUCGCAGAACGGUGGCAGAAGGAUGCAUCAGCAUAUCAGAUUGCCGUCCUUGUGCCGGAAUCGGUGGGUCCCACCUGGGAUUACCUGCUCACCUGCCAACGCCGGGACAUGGAUUUUAUUGAGUAUGCCAUCAAUCAAACCAGAUGCCAAGUGUCCAUCGAUGACCAGCAGAUCGCCAUCAUGGGCAUGUCGGACGGCGCUUCCCUGGCCAUGUCGAUGGCGCUUCGAAACCCGGGCAUCUUUCGGACGGCGCUCGUCCAAGCGACGGGCUUCUUCCAUGACACCGCACCGGACACCUUGAAGCCUCGGGUCUACAUGGAGUACGGCACAGAGGACAAGCUCUUUGGCCCCGACACAGUGGCACGGCCUACCAGAGACCGCUUGCGGGACUUGGGGUGCCCCGUGGAGUUUGCCAUGAUUGAUGGCGCAGGACACAUGGUUCAGGAGGAGUUCUUUGGUGCUGCCCUGGACUUUUGGCUUGGGGGUCCAGUCGCCAACACUGAGAAGUUCAAGAAGUCAUCAAAAGGACGCUGCUGA